AUGAAAUCAAUUCAAUCAAAGACUAAUUGUAAACUAGAUAUUGGUAGUAAAAGUUCACAAUAUUCAAUUUACGAUUAUCAUUACGAUGAUAUUAAGAAGCUAAAUAGUAUUCCCAGCAAUGUUUCCAAUAUCUAUAUUUCAACUGAUGAUGGCACAGAGUAUCUACAUACAUUAAUAUCAGCAUCACAAUCAGUAACAAUGUUGGUUGGAUGUAGAACAUUUAAGUAUGGUUUACCAGUUCCACUUAGAUAUCUUCAACUCGAUUACAAUUUCGAUGAACCACUUCUCUAUUUGGAAGACGAUUCUAACCAAGAGAUUCCACCGGGUGUACUUCCUGAUCUUUUGCGAACAAUCACUCUAUACAGCUAUCCAUAUGAAAUUCCACAAGGUGUACUUCCAAAGAGUUUGCACACAAUUAAUCUGUACAGCUAUCAAUAUGAUAUUCUACCGGGUGCACUUCCCAAUGGUUUACGCAAACUCUCUCUAUACCACUAUCACAAUGAAAUUCAACUAAAUCUACUUCCAAAUAGUUUACGAACAAUCAAUCUGUACAGCUAUCAACAUGAAAUUCGACCGUGUGUACUUCCGAAUGGUGUACUGGAAUUUAAUCUCCAUUCCCAUGAAUAUGAUAUUCGACCCGGUGUACUUCCAGAUGGCUUACAAAAGAUUACCAUAAUCAAAUAUAAACAUGAAAUUCAACCAGGUGUACUCCCAUCAUCUCUUAAGAUAUUAUUUGUCGAUGAAAUAUUCCCAGAGACAAUGCGAUAUCACCUCGAAGUAUUGGAAUUUAAAAAACACAUUAUGCCUCAAAUUCCAUCCAACAUAAAGAUCGACAAAUUGAAAUUAACUGCAGAAUUAGGAAAAUCAGUGAUAUCUCUACCAUCUGGAGUUAAAUCAAUCAACUUCUUUAUGGAUUUAUCAAAUUCAAAAGACAAGAUAAUUGAUUUCGGUGGGGUGGUGGAGAUUACGACGGCACAUAUCGAUCACGUUCAUUAA